AUGGCGCCCAAGCGACACAAGAAGCGCUGUGCAGCGGCAGCACUGGAAGACGACCCCAUCAUCACGGACGUGGACACAGACUCUGACCUUGAGCAACAUGCAGUCAGAUUACCCCCGGGACUUACACUAGACAUGUUGCCGCCUGCAAUACCCGAACAAACAGCCAGCAGCCUGGAACAAGAAUGUCAGCGGCAAUUAUUCAACCAGUACAUCGAGAUGGAUGUAUUCCAAAGACUGGCCAAGGAGCUAGACUCCGAUCCCCUCAGGCCUUCUACGCUAUGCCGACGAGGACUGACGUCAAAAUCCUUUACAGUUGGCGCGUUCUACCAUGCAGGCACCGUUGGUAUACGAUGCAACACCAAAGAGCACCCAUGGAUUUCCGCACUUCUGGCCUACAUGGUGCGGGCUUGUACGCACAUGCCGUUCGCAUCAGUCUCAUUGCUUUGCAAUGUGCGCAUGACGGCGCACCGCGACAAGUACAACAUGGAAGACACGGACAACAUGGUCAUUCCAGUGUCUAGGUUUCGGCAAGGGCAACUUUGGAUCGAAGACGACCACGGACCAGAUCUUUCCCCAGCCGGCAAACAUCGUGGACGCAACCAUGCAGUCAAAUUACCAGGAGUACAAUUCGACCCGUGCAAGCUCCACGCAACAUGCCCGUGGAAACACGACCGCAUCGUCCUCUCAGCGUACACAACCAAAAAGAUCGGCGACCUCAAGAACCAAGACAAAAA